AAAGAAAAGGAAAGAAGGAAGGAAGGAAGGAAGGAAGGAAGGGAAGGGAGGAAGGAAGGAUGGAAGGAAGGAAAAGAAGACAGGAAGGAAAGUGGGCCGGACUGGACUCCUCGGCGGGCCGGUUCUGUCCCGCGGGCCUCACGUUUUGACACCUAGCGUUUUCGUCUUGUCGUGACCUUGCUCUGCGCCUUUUAGACUCCGCUCGCUCGCCGUAGUUGUCAGUGCGGAGAGGUCGGAGGCUCGUUUGUAGAGAAGAUGUUUAUGUUCGUGCAGCAGUAUUAUUAUUAUUACUAAGAGGAGUCUGCUUUAUUAAAACAUGUCUGUCACUGGAGGAGGAAACAGAGGGUUUUACUUCAACACCGUGUUAUCUUUGGCUCGGUCUCUUGCAGCUCACCAUCAGGCUCCAUUAGAAAAGGUUCAGAAGUUACAAUGCAUGUGCCCCGUCGACUUCAGAGGAGUUUUCCAGCUGGAUGAGAGGAGGAGAGAUGCUGUGAUUGCUCUGGGAAUCUUUCUGGUAGAGUCCAACCUGCAGCACAAAGAUGCUAUCGUCCCAUACCUUCUUGGAUUGCUUAAAGGACUUCCUAAAGUUCAGUGGAUUGAAGAAAGCUCGGAGCGUAAAGGACGAGAUGCUCUUCCUGUUGCAGAGAACUUCAGCUUUUGUCUGGUAACACUUCUGUCAGACGUUGCCCAAAGCGAUGAGACCUUACGAGGACAGAUCCUGGAGGCGAUCAUGGAAAUCAUGCAGGUCCUGCAAGAUAUCUGCAAGAAUCCAGAGGAUCACGAUAAAGAAUACCUGUGCAGGUACACGGUUCCCACCCUGCUCGGUGUGGCCAGAGCUUUCGGCCGAUACAGCAACACCGACGAGCCGUUACUGUCCAAGCUGUUCCCUCGACCGGUCGUUCCCCCGCUGAACACGGGAGAAGACAGCGAUGCGGUGCGCCGGCGGUCCUUCAGCGAUUUCCGCUCCAUCAUGCCGAGCUCGUUGCUCAGCGUGUGUCACUCAGACAGUCUGAGACGUAAAGGCACCUCCAUGACCAGCGUGUCACAGCAGGCCAGUCCAGAGAGAGUAGCUCUGACUCCCAGCUCACCUGCUGAUCCUUCUGCACAGUACUUUGAAGGCUCGUACCUCCCUGACGGCAGCGCUGUGGACCCGGAUUACUACUUCUCCACCAUCAGCUCCAGCUUCUCCCUCUCGCCUCUCUUCACCGGAUGCAGCACCGGAGAGUUUCACGUCCCUCUCGACAUGCUCAGACAGCUCCUCAGCAUGGUUGAACAACUUGUGUCAGAUUCAUUUUUAAAAUCACUGGAUGAAAUCUUGGCAGAGUUUUUACAGUUGAAUCCUGGUCUUCAUCUGCACUACAAAACCUUCAGUGAUCCUCUCUAUGUAGCCAUUUUUAAAAUGCUAAGAGACACUCUCUACAAUUUGAAAGACCUGCAGACGGACUUUGUGAAGGAGGUGCAUGACUUUGUGUUAGAGCAGUUCAGCAGCAGCCAGGUGGAGCUGCAGAGGAUCCUGCAUGAUGUGGAGUAUCUGCAGAGUGAGCUGAGCCCGCUCAAGCUGCGUUGCCAGGCCAACGCCGCAUGCGUGGACCUGAUGGUUUGGGCUGUGACCGAGGAGCAGGGAGCCGAGAACCUUUGCACCAAACUGUCUGAGAAGCUGCAGUCCAAGACGUCCAGUAAAGUUAUCAUUGCUCACAUGCCGCUGCUCAUCUGCUGCUUACAGGGUUUAGGUCGUCUGUGUGAGCGUUUUCCUGUGGUUGCACACUCCGUCACCUGUUCACUCAGAGACUUCCUGGUGGUGCCCUCUCCUGUCUUAGUGAAGCUGUACAAAUAUCACAGCCAGUACACUUCAGGAGCCGGCGAGAUAAAGAUCCACGUGACUAACGAACACUCCCAGUCGACCCUCAGCACUCAGAGCAAGAAGCGCUCGCAGCCGUCCAUGUACGAACAGCUGCGGGACAUCUCCAUAGACAACAUCUGCAGGUGUCUGAAAGCAGGACUGACGAUGGAUAACGUCAUCGUAGAAGCUUUUCUCGCCAGUCUGUCCAAUCGUCUCUACAUCUAUCAGGAAAAUGAUAAGGACGCCCAUUUGAUCCCGGAUCACACCAUCAGGGCUUUGGGUCACAUCGCUGUGGCUUUGCGGGACACUCCCAGAGUGAUGGAGCCCAUCCUGCAGAUCCUGCAGCAGAAGUUCUGCCAGCCUCCGUCCCAGCUGGACGUCCUCAUCAUAGAUCAGCUGGGCUGCAUGGUCAUCACAGGAAAUCAAUACAUCUACCAGGAAGUUUGGAAUCUGUUCCAGCAGAUCAGUGUGAAGGCCAGCUCCAUGGUUUACUCCACCAAAGACUACAAGGAUCACGGUUAUAGACACUGCUCUCUGGCUGUGAUCAACGCUCUGGGGAACAUAGCAGCGAACCUUCAGGCUGAGCAUAUGGUGGACGAGCUGCUGGUCAAUCUGCUCGAGCUUUUCGUUCAGCUGGGUUUAGAAGGGAAGAGAGCCAGCGAGAGAGCCUCGGACAAAGGCCCGACUCUGAAGGCUUCAAGCAGCGCCGGAAACCUCGGUGUCCUCAUUCCAGUUAUUGCAGUGCUGACUAAGAGGCUGCCACCAAUCAAGGAAGCAAAACCACGUCUGCAGAAGCUCUUCAGGGACUUCUGGCUCUACUCUGUCGUCAUGGGGUUUGCUGUGGAAGGCUCAGGUCUUUGGCCUGAAGAAUGGCACGAAGGAGUUUGUGAGAUUGCAACCAAAUCUCCGCUGCUCACGUUUCCCAGCGGAGAGCCUCUACGCUCAGAGCUGCAGUACAACUCUGCACUGAAGAACGACACCGUCACUCCGGCGGAGCUGAACGAUCUGCGUAGCACCAUCAUCAACCUGCUGGAUCCUCCUCCUGAAGUCGCUGCUCUCAUCAACAAACUGGACUUUGCCAUGUCGACAUAUUUGCUGUCAGUUUACAGAUUAGAAUACAUGAGGAUGCUGCAUUCUCAGGACUCGGAUCGUUUUCAGGUCAUGUUUCGAUACUUUGAAGACAGAGCGAUACAGAAGGAUAAAUCUGGCAUGAUGCAGUGUGUGAUUGCUGUUAGCGACAAGGUUUUUGAAGUCUUCCUGCAAAUGAUGGCUGAAAAAGCAAAAACCAAAUCCCACGAGGAGGAGCUGGAACGCCACGCUCAGUUCCUCUUGGUCAACUUCAACCACAUCCACAAGAGGAUCCGCAGAGUGGCUGAUAAAUAUCUGUCGGGUCUGGCUGAAACAUUCCCUCACCUUUUGUGGAGCGGCCGCGUGCUGAAGACCAUGUUGGACAUCCUGCAGACGCUCUCCCUCUCGCUGAGUGCUGAUAUUCAUAAAGACCAACCGUAUUACGACAUCCCAGACACUCCGUACAGAAUCACCGUCCCAGACACGUAUGAAGCCAGAGAGAGCAUAGUGAAGGAUUUCGCUGCUCGCUGUGGUGAGAUCCUUAAGGAAGCAAUGAAAUGGGCUCCAUCAGUGACCAAAUCCCACCUGCAGGAGUAUCUGAACAAACACCAGAACUGGGUGUCGGGUUUGUCCCAGCACACGGGCCUCGCCAUGGCAACGGAAAGCAUCCUGCACUUCGCUGGUUACAACAGACAGAGCACCACACUGGGGUCCACUCAGCUGACGGAGAGGCCGGCCUGUGUGAAGAAGGAUUACUCUAACUUCAUGGCGUCCCUCAACCUCAGGAACAGAUACGCUGGAGAGGUAUCCGGUAUGAUCCACUUCGCCCAGGCAGUCCGAGGACAGUCCGAUCUGAGCCGGCUGAUGAUCAAACAGAUGGGAGAAGCUUUGGACUCUGGACAGCCUGAAGCUUUCACCGAGUCCAUGUUCAAACUAGCCGCUCUGCUCAUCAGCACCAAAGACUGCGAUCCUCAGCUCCUGCACCACCUCUGCUGGUCUCCUCUCAAGAUGUUCACCGAGCACGGCAUGGAAACCGCCAUCGCCUGCUGGGAGUGGCUGCUGGCAGCACGAACUGGAGUGGAAGUACCGUUCAUGCGGGAGAUGGCGGGAGCUUGGCAGAUGACUGUGGAGCUGAAGAUGGGCUUGUUCUCAGACGCUCAGGUGGAGGCGGAUCCUCUGGCAGCAUCGGAGGAAAGUCAACCCGUCCCUUGUCCUCCAGAUGUUACCCCUCACCACAUAUGGAUCGAGUUUCUAGUCCAGAGGUUUGAGAUCGCAAAGUAUUCCAGCGAAGAUCAAGUGGAGAUCUUCGGCAGUUUGCUACAACGCUCUCUGUCUCUUAACGUCGGUGGGGCGAAGGGUAGCCUCAACCGCCACGUGGCUGCUAUUGGGCCUCGCUUCAGGCUGCUGACUCUCGGUCUGGCUCUGCUCCACUCGGACGUCGUCACCAAUUCAACCGUAAGAAAUGUGCUCAGAGAGAAGAUCUACUCGACCGCCUUCGAUUACUUCAGCGUGUCUCCAAAGUUUCCCACCCAAGGCGACAAGCGUCUGCGCGAGGACAUCAGCAUCAUCAUCCGUUUCUACGCCAGCAUCCUGUCCGACAAGAAGUACCUGGCAGCGUGCCACUUGGUCCCACCUGAUAAUCAGGAUCCGUCCCUGAACAGUCUGUCAGUGAUGAACGCAGCCGACCUGCGGAGCAACAUGGACUCCAGCUCUCGCUCCCAGCAGAGCAGCCAGGGAUGGAUCAACACUUAUCCUCUGUCCAGUGGCAUGUCCACCGCCUCCAAGAAGUCAGGCACGUCCAAGAAGAGCAACAGAGGAACUCAGCUUCACAAAUACUACAUGAAGCGCAGGACUCUCCUACUGGCUUUACUGGCCAGCGAGAUCGAGCGUUUGACGACGUGGUACAACCCGCUGUCCACUCAGGAGCUGAUCAUCGCCACGGAGCAGUCGGUGGAGACGAGCAUCGCCAACUGGAGGUCGAAAUACAUCAGUCUGACAGAGAAGCAGUGGAAGGACAACGUCAACCUGGCCUGGAGUAUCGCUCCUUACCUGGCGAUGCAGCUACCUACCAGGUUUAAGAAUGACGCCAUCGUUGCCGAGGUAACCAGGCUGGUUAGACUGGAUCCUGGAGCGGUCAGUGACGUACCUGAAGCCGUGAAGUUCUUGGUGACGUGGCACACGAUCGACGCAGACUCUCCUGAACUGAGCCACAUCCUGUGUUGGGCUCCGGCCGACCCGCCGACCGGUCUGUCGUACUUCAGCAGCAUGUAUCCUCCUCAUCCUCUCACUGCUCAGUACGGAGUGAAGGUGCUGCGCUCCUUCCCUCCUGAUGCCAUCCUGUUUUACAUUCCUCAAAUUGUGCAGGCGCUCCGUUACGAUAAGAUGGGCUAUGUGAGAGAGUACAUCCUGUGGGCGGCUCAGAAGUCUCAGCUUCUUGCUCAUCAGUUCAUCUGGAACAUGAAGACCAACAUCUACCUGGAUGAAGAGGGACACCAGAAAGAUCCUGACAUCGGCGAGCUUUUGGAGCAGAUGGUUGAGGAGAUCACAGGAUCGCUGUCGGGUCCGGCCAAAGACUUCUACCAGAGAGAGUUCGACUUCUUCAACAAGAUCACCAACGUGUCCGCCAUCAUCAAGCCGGUUCCGAAGGGAGAUGAGAGAAAAAGGGCUUGUCUGAAAGCUCUGUCGGAUAUCAGAGUGCAGCCAGGUUGUUACCUCCCAAGUAACCCUGAAGCCAUCGUUCUGGACAUCGACUACAAGUCUGGAACACCCAUGCAGAGCGCUGCUAAGGCUCCUUAUCUGGCUAAGUUCAAAGUGAAGCGCUGCGGUGUGAGCGAGCUGGAGCGCGAAGGUCUCCGCUGCCCUUCGGACUCUAUGGAGGACGGAGAAGAGAAUCCAGACGGAUCUCGCAGGAUCUGCUGGCAGGCGGCCAUCUUCAAAGUGGGAGACGACUGCAGACAGGAUAUGCUGGCUCUGCAGAUCAUCGGGCUUUUUAAGAAUAUCUUCCAGCUGGUUGGUCUGGAUCUGUUCGUGUUCCCCUACAGAGUGGUGGCCACUGCACCAGGGUGUGGAGUGAUCGAGUGCAUCCCAGACUGUAAAUCCAGAGAUCAGCUUGGCAGGCAGACGGAUUUUGGGAUGUACGAUUACUUCCGUAACCAGUACGGCGACGAAUCCACCCUCGCCUUCCAGAAGGCUCGGUAUAACUUCAUCCGCAGUAUGGCCGCCUACAGUCUGCUGCUGUUCCUGCUGCAGAUCAAAGACCGACACAACGGGAACAUCAUGCUGGACAGCAAGGGACACCUCAUCCACAUCGACUUUGGCUUCAUGUUUGAGAGCUCUCCCGGAGGAAACCUCGGUUGGGAGCCGGACAUCAAGCUGACGGAUGAGAUGGUGAUGAUCAUGGGAGGAAAGAUGGAGGCAACGCCGUUCAAGUGGUUCAUGGAGAUGUGUGUCAGAGGAUACCUGGCUGUACGACCGUACAUGGACGCAGUGGUUUCUUUAGUGACUCUCAUGCUGGACACUGGACUGCCGUGCUUCAGAGGACAAACCAUUAAACUCCUCAAAGGACGGUUUAAUCCUCAGAUGAGCGAGAAAGAAGCUGCAGCGUUCAUCAUCAAAGUUAUUCAGAGCUGCUUCCUCAGUAGCAGGAGUAAAACGUACGACAUGCUGCAAUAUUACCAGAACCAAAUCCCUUACUGAGGAUCUCCUGCCGGGUUUCUACUGUAUACGUCCGACGCAGACGUCUCUACAACAAGCAAUGCAAACCUCCUUCUGGCUGGUUUUUAACGAGGUGGAGGAUCGCACCUUACAUGAGUUUAAUAUCUUCUGUGUGUCUGUCAGUCAGAGAGAGAGAGAGAGAGAGAGAGAAAGAGAGAGAGAGAGAGGUGACGAUGAUUUGACACUUUUGAUCUCCGGUUUUAUUCCGCUUAAGAUUUUUUGUAACUUGGAAGUUUUUUCGAGUCAAUCUUUAUUUAACUCAAGAGUUAAAUGAUAAUCUUUUACCAACCCUAACCCUAAAAGAGGUAUUUGAAUCACCCUUUAAUUAUUAUUUUUUUUCUCUUCUUCAUGCUGUUCUUCGUUUCUUCACCGUCACAUUCGAGGAGGAUUAUUAUCACAAAGGGACCAUCAAAGCAGCUGUUAAUAUCAUUUUUUAUUACUAUGCUGAUAUUCACUUUUAUGCACUUUACAGAUCACAGUAUUUCAUUGCACCUGCGUACGAUCGACCGCGAGCUUGAACAUAGAUUAUAUAUAUUAUAUGUAUCAGACAUCAGAGAUUAAAACAAUUUAUCAGUUCCUUUUUUUUAUAGUAGAAAAACGAGCCAGUGUAGUCAAGAUAGAUCAAAAUAAAUAGAUACAAAUCAAUGCAGGAAUCAAUCAGCAUCUUAACCGAACAAUAGUGUUUUAGAAAAAAAAGGUAUUUAGGGAAUGAAGCGUAAUCAAGCUGUAGUAUUUGCUGUAAAAGACGUUCAGCGUCACGGUUCUUUCUGUGAUUUUUACGUGUAGAGAAUAUAUUAAUCCGAUUUUAAAGACUUUUAACUGUGCGACUUUGACGCUUAUCCUCAAAGUACAACGUCACAUCACGUCAGCUGUAAGUCAUUUUAAAUGGAGGCAUGUUGGAGUCUUGUUUUUGUCUUUCCACUAUGAGAACUUAACGAUUUAUAACCUAAAGUUUACAUUUAAGUAUAAAUGUAAAAGCUGAUUUAUUGUCGGUCAUUUGACACUUUUUAAAUAAAUGUCACUCUUCAGGAAUUAAAGACUCGAGCCAUAUAUAUUCGAUUUAUGCUUCGGCGAAAUGUUUAGAUUUAUUAAACAAAUUAUCUAAAGUUACAGACUGAAUUAAAGCCGCAAGCGGCGAUGGCGGGCCCUCGCUCAUCCAUGCUACCGCGGGGCCUGAGGCAUGGCGGGGCUGUGGCGUGAAGCAGAAAGUGAGAAAAAACCUGGAAGGAGGCCAAAAAUGCAAUGUUUCGUUCAUCCAGUAGGGGGCAGUCACAGGUAGUUACACAUAUGGUCUGGUGUGGUCUGGUGUGUUCAGGGCGGCCACUCAUCAGUCAUGUGAAGUUUGGAGUGAAUUGGACAAAGCAUGAAGGAGUUAUGAGAGGUUGAUGGUUCAUCCACCAGGGGGCAGUAGAGUGUAACAAAACACAAGCGGUUGCGUUCAGGGUGGGACAGUGAUUACACAUGUGAAGUUUUGUGGAAAUCGCACAAUGAUGAUGUAAAAUAUGGCACUUCCUGUUUCCACGAGGGGGCGACACGAGUGAGAUCGCCUAUGAGCGAAUGGAGACGUUGAGGUCGGCACCCUGGACCUGUGUACCAAUUUUCAUGAUGAUACGAGUUCAAUAAAGCCAUCAAAAAGCCAAACGUAUUUUCAUGGCGAGGAAUUGAUGGUCGCCGCGUCGCCACACGGACGCCAUUACUCGUAGCUUCACAGUCUUCAUAAUGUAGCUUCACCAACUGGUUCUUAAUGAAGUUGAUGGGGCAAAGUAUGUAAUUUUAAUGAAUCUUAGUUAACUUCCUGUUACCACCGGGGGGCGCUAUGAGUUACGUGGGAAGUUAAUAUAUCGGGAUGUUCAGGGCGGAGCCAUCAUCAACUCCAGCAAGUUUGAAGCUGAUUGGAUGAAGUAUGUGGGCGUGAGAGCCACUCGUAUGUACAUGGCGAGCACGCCAAAGUUAGUUGAGCCCUGGCAGACACGCCCUUUGACCUACGGAUGCGCAGAGCACAACUUAAGCUCAGCUAGGUCUGGAGAUGUUGCGUACCUAAUUUGAACUUGAUCGGGCGAACGCUGUGGGAGGAGUUAAUUUUAGGCGGGAAAAAUCAAAACCAAAAUGGCCGACUUCCUGUUGGGUUGAGGUCAUGAGGUCAAGAGGCUUUUUUGCAUAUGUGGGUAUAAUACAUAUGUGUACCGAAUUUUGUGAGCAUAGGACAAAGUUAGCAAAAUUCCCUAUGGGCAUUUUUGGACUUUGUAGGGGGCGCUAUUCCGCCAUUCUGCGUCGACCAUGUGCGACCACCCAAAAAUAUCGAAUUUCGGAUGAGGCCGGACGUCCGUGCAAAAGUAUAAGCAUUUUCGCAUUUGGGAAAGGGGCGAAAUUGUGGCACGAAAUGUCGGAAGAAUAAUUAUAAUAAACAUUACAAUUUCAAUAGGGCUUUCGCCAGGCGACUUGCAGUCAUGGCCGUAGCUACCAUUGAGGACACCGAGGUCAUGUCCUCGGUAUUUUUUUCGUUUUGUUGUGAAGUGAAAAUAGCCGAUGAGACAAUUAUCCUUGCAUCAACGGACCGUCACGCGACACGUACUUGCAGAUACUGCUACCAUGUCAAAACAAAAGUAGUCGGCUAUAACCAGCGGCGGAGUGAUUCCUUGAAAUCCACCGGGAAUUUUUUCACUGGCCCCCAGUAUGUCCCAACUGGUUUCCAAUUUAACUGGUUUCCUUACAGAACAGCUCCAGCUGUGUUGUGCUUCCGUCAGCAGAUUCGUCACAAAUUCACAAAUAUACACAGCAUAUUAGGCUACUGGAGAUUUUUAAGUGCUCACUUUCAGAAAAAAUAUUCGCUGCAGUAGAUGUAGUAGUGAACUGCGACUUGAAAAUAGCCAGAAAUAUGUUUAUGUCUACAUUCGUGAAUUGGACAUGACCCGAUUUUGCAAAGUGUUCAUUCAUUGGACCAGCCCUUUUCUCCCUUUCCCAGCAGGCCGUGCUUUAUUCCACAUUUUAAGAACAAACAAAGAAAAUUAUAUAUUGCAGUUAUACUUUUUAAAGAUACAACCAUAGAAGUUGUAGAAUACUGAAAUAGGAGUUGAUUUAAGUUGCAAAAUUGGAAGUGAUAAGAAAGAACUGGACCACAAGAGUGACCAUGACUGAGAAAUGCACAGUAAGAAAGUGGUAUAAAUACAUCAUGGAUUACUUCUAACUAUUAUAUGAGAUGUGGUUUUCUUUUUGACCUCGGUAUUUGAAAAAUCCUGGCUACGGCCUUGCUUGCAGUCGCCGCUCGGGCCCUAAAUAUCACGAAGGAAAUUAAGUGAAAACUACGACACUAUCACAAAAUCCUCCAGGUGCGUGACUAUGAAAGGAAAGUGUUGAGUGACAUAAAUCAGCCUCAAUGAUUUGGGCUCGGUCUCAUGUUUCCACAUUAUUUUAGAAAACCAGUAAAUUUUAGAUAUUUUUUUUGAUGAAGCAAGAAAAAAAAAAGUCCUCACACUGCAGCUCCCAAUGUAGGUAGGACGUUUUUACUUGCUUUUACACACAUUUUGUUAUUUGGUCCAGUUCCUGCUUUCUUACUCUUACUUUUUUGGAUAUAUCUGUGAUGAAAAAUAAUACUAAUCGUGUGUGCCUCUCUCAUGUGUUACAAUUACACUCAAAUCACAGAGCAAAGCAUCUAGUUAUCUGAAAAAUAAACAUGCUGCCAUCUUUGGAAUAAACAAGAAGGUGAUUGAACAACAAAGAUUUACCCUCAAAGACAUUUCAAGCCAUCUGGAUAAAAAAAGUCUUUUUUUUUUCUUUUUUCUUUUUUUUGUGACUACAUUUCUUAUCCAGGAAGCUGAAAUUUUUCUUUCUGUUAAACACAAAUGCAAAAUAUUAACACAUGAUUUUGUGUGAAAUUGCAAAACCAAAACUUUGGUUCACAGUGUAAAAUUUGAGCAAGGACAUGAUAUACUUUUAUAUCUUAAAAGUGUUAGUUUAAGUUUACUUUAAAAACAGUGUUAAUCUUCUUCUUUUUUUUUUUUUUUUACUGUGCAGCCGGGGGAAUAUUUUUCAUCCAGAUGAUUAAAAAAGUUUUUUAAAUGUUUGCAAAUAAUUCAGGACAAUUCAGAUGACUUAUUUUUCAGAAAGAUUGUUCUCAGCUCUGUUAAUAUAUUGAUUCAUGUAACACAUGAGAAGCACAAACUGGGUUUACUCUAUUUUUUUCUUAAAGCAAAUGAAAUAAAACAUAUUGAUUCUGCUUAAUGUUUCUAAACUUUAAGCAGAAUUAAACUUUAAACUAAACUGCAAAUCUAGUUUUUACAUAAAGGAGCAAAACACUUAUAUUAGAUACUGGGAAUCAGAAUAUCACCAGUAUACUGAAACACACUUCCUUGCUGGGUUUUUACUUUAUUAAUUAAUGUGUUUCCUGUCUUCUGUAUUUAAUCCAAAUGUUAAAUUACAGGUUGUUAACUACCUGUAGUGGAAAAUCCAUCACACACACACACACACACACACACACACACACACACACACACACACACAC